GGUCAGUACACAGUUUUUUUUUUUUCCCCUCCCUGAAUCUCGCCUUUCAUGUCACUAGUGCUACUUGUAUGUGCAGACGCAGCCAAUCUCUUCCUCAUGACGCCACCGAGGCUGGGCUCAGAGGGCUCCGAUCAUAAUAUUUAACACACCCACCCCUGGAUGAACAUUUGGAAGGAAGACAAGGCAGUGUUAAGAGGACAAAUGACAAACAGGAUCCCUGCACCUGCCAGCCAGUCCCUGAUUUGACUUCAACGAGGCUCGCAGACAACAGCAAGAAGCGGGACAGCAUCCAAGCAUCUUUACCACGGAUCACCUUGUUAUUUUCAGGGAAUUUUCAUUUUCUCUCCUGAUUAUGAAUUAAUCCCAAAUACCAGGAAGGCUGCGCUUUUAUGGACUCUACCAGUCUCUCUUGUUACUUUUCCCCUCCUAGAAGACAGUUCAGUCACAUCUCACUUCGUGCUGGCAGCAACACAAGGAAGCAUCGGUGCUUUUAACAGGACCCCCUCUCCCUCAUCUUACCUCUCCUCAGCGAUUUACUCACCGCUCCGUCCUCCUGACACUGUGUCCUGUUCAACAACGCAAUGAAUGAAGAGCACUUUUUGAGCCUCUGCCAGUGAAGUGCUCACAAUGUGUCGGUGUGUCCCACCGGUCUUGGAAGAAUUGGGACUGUUGUAGAAAAUAAAAAGACUGAGCGCAUCAUGGAGUUGUUAACAUAGGCUGACACGCAUUAUGUGUGCAGUGAUCAGAGUAAAUCCUCCAACCAACAUCGCUGCUUUGUCAUCGAGUAAUAUUCUUGGACAUCAAUGUCGGUGCCGUAAGGUGCGCUGCGCUUAAAGGUCCUGCUCAGUGUAAAGAAGAAGAAAAAAAAUGAUCAAGAUGAUAUUGUUCCGUAAAUUCCGAGUGUUGAUACUCAUGGUGUUUUUGGUCGCGUGCACCAUGCACAUCAUGAUAGACUUGUUACCGAAACUAGAGAAGCGGGCGGCGGGAGCGGACAGCGGAGAUGGCGGCUGUCAGUGCGCUCAUCACCCGGGCGCGGAGACGCAGGGCUGGGGGAAGCAGCGCGCCAGGUCGGCGGCGGAAGCGGGCUGGCCUAACAAGCACACGCUGAGAAUCCUGCAGGAUUUCAGCAACGAGCCGAGCUCCAACCUCACGUCCCACUCCCUGGAAAAGAUCACGGCGGUCGGGGACAGAUCGGACUCCCUCAGGCGGACGAGACAGUCGGCGGCGGACCACAAGCCGCUCAUCGGGGGCGAGCGGGGUCGGGGGACCGUCCCUGCCCACGGUGUCUCCCGGCUGUCUGCUCUGUUUGAGCAUCCCCUAUACAAGGUUGACCUUCCUCCCCUCACGGACGAUGAUACUUUGUUCAACGUUAACACUGACAUCAGGUUUUAUCCCAGAGCAACAGGGAACCAAGGAUGGCACAAUGAGGAGGGGAACGAAGAGGAGGAGGAGUUCUCUCCAACGGGAGAGGUGACGGCAGAGUCCUACCCCAACUGGUUGCGUUUCCACAUCGGGAUCAACCGCUAUGAGCUGUACGCCAGACACAGUCCUGUGCUGGACGCCCUGCUGAAGGACCUGGUCACACAGAGGAUCACCAGCGUUGCCAUGAAAUCGGGAGGCACCCAGCUGAAGCUCAUCAUGACUUUCCAGAACUAUGGACAAGCGCUAUUCAAGCCCAUGAAGCAAACGCGGGAGCAGGAAACCCCUCCAGACUUCUUCUACUUCUCUGACUUCGAGAGGCACAACGCUGAGAUUGCUGCUUUUCACUUAGACAGGAUCCUUGACUUCCGGAGAGUGCCCCCGGUGGCAGGACGGCUUGUCAACAUGACGAGGGAGAUCAGAGAUGUGACGCGCGAUAAGAAACUGUGGAGGACCUUCUUCAUCUCUCCAGCCAAUAACGUCUGCUUCUAUGGGGAAUGCUCCUACUACUGCUCCACUGAGCAUGCUCUGUGCGGGAAACCAGACCAGAUCGAAGGCUCACUGGCAGCCUUCCUGCCAGACCUGAACCUGGCCAAACGCAAGACCUGGAGAAACCCCUGGAGACGCUCCUACCACAAACGCAAGAAAGCAGAGUGGGAGGUGGACCCAGAUUACUGUGACGAGGUAAAGCAGACGCCCCCGUAUGACCGUGGCACUCGACUGCUGGACAUCAUGGACAUGACCAUCUUUGACUUCUUAAUGGGUAAUAUGGAUCGUCAUCAUUAUGAAACAUUUGAGAAAUUUGGAAAUGAAACUUUCAUCAUUCACCUAGACAACGGAAGAGGGUUUGGAAAACAUUCCCAUGAUGAGCUGUCCAUCCUGGUGCCCCUCAGCCAGUGCUGCAGAGUGAGGAAGUCCACGUACCUGCGUCUCCAGCUGCUGGCCAAAGAAGAGUAUCAGCUGAGCUCUCUGAUGGAGGAGUCUCUGCUGCGUGACCGACUGUCCCCCGUCCUCAUCCAGCCUCACCUCCAGGCCAUGGACCGCAGGCUCCGGCUGGUGCUGCAGGUCCUCGGGGGCUGCAUGGAGAAAGAAGGCUACGUCAACGUCGUGGAGGAGGAUUUAGUAGGGGACACAGCCACCCACAGGAGCCCAGGUCACAGGUAGUGAGGGCGAGGCUUGAGGGUGACGGGGACCACCGGUGAGACACAUGGACGAUGGACCACAACUGUGGCCAUCUGACCAAUGGGGUUGGACCAAAAAUCCCACCUCUCAUAUCAAGCUGAAUUCAGUGAAUUCUAAGACUUGCCAACAUUGCCUCUAUGGAACCUGCUUGUAAGUGUGUUUAUAGGAGAAACGGUCCACAGAUACAAUGAAAGACUGUGCUCACACAGAGGCUUUGUAUUUGUUAGAUACAGAUGUAUUUUUGUUUUACCAGAUGUUGUUUAAGACAUAAAGGAACCACAGCUAUGUUCUGAUUUUGUCCUGUUUGUUUUGACUAUGGAGGGUAUCAGCUUGUUUUAUGUGUUAUUAUAUCAGUGCAUAACCAAAUGAGAACUUACACUGACUGGGCAUCUUAUGGUCAAACAAUAAGCUUUAUCAGUUAUAUCACAAUGUAUGAAAAGGUUAAGAAAGUGUGUGGAAGUUUUGAGUCAACUAUAUCAGCUGGAAAAGUUAUGUCAGACUUGGGAGAAACAACUUCAACCAGGAGAAAAAAAGAGUUUCCUAAUAGUGUGUUCUCUUUAUCUAUCUUUAUAAGCUUUUGUCUUGGCACAGACUUGGAACAGACAGAUUGAAAAUGCUAUUCUGAGCAGCAUAAAUCUGAGCUCAAGUAUGUUUCUCACUGUAGUUCAAACAGUACCUUCACUUUGCCUUAUUCCAAUUUUCUAUCUCUCUUUUUUUUUUUAACUUUCCCCAUCUCCUCUGCAAGUUUAGCUUGCACUACACGCAGUACAACAGCACAACUCGAAAAUAUUAUUCUCCAAACCAAAAAAUAUUCUAAAUGUAAAGAAUGGAGCCCACACUGAGGUGCGGGUUAGUGUUUAUGAAAUGGUGUGUCACUUCAUUCAAAUGCACUACCAUCCUUACCUGCAAACCUGAAACAUUUAGUAUUGUCUGCUAUGAUAUAAUUUUACAAUUUUGCAAUGCAAAAUGUUACAGUUUGUAUGUUGUUUCAUUUUUAUGAGAUUUCAUGUCCAAAUGACUAUUUAUUGGUGCGUUACAAAGAGUGAAAGU